AUGGACGAUCGUAAUAUCCCGCGAGGUAACGACAUGGGUUUACGCCCACAAGAUAUGGGCAAUCCGAUGAUGGGACAACUUGGUGAUGGCCGGAUGUAUCCGACAAUGGCACCCGUACGGUAUAUUGGUAACCCGCAGCCCGAGAAACUCUACGAGAUGCCCAAAGAGCUUUCCUUUCCAAAAGUUGACCCUUAUGCUGUCAAAGAACCAAAGCGACGACGCACCGAGCACAAACCUCGUGGUGAUCAUCGUGAAGAGAACCUGAAAGAGAUCGCCCAGGAGAUAUAUAUCAGAUGGAAGACUCGCAAAUUAAUCCGAGAACGAAACUACGAUGAUGACCGUGCCGAGAAAAAGGCCGAGAAACGGUGGCGUAAAGAGACUGCAGAAGUCACCAGACUUUUCUAUAAAGCUGCCAUCUUAGAAAACACAAUGUUAGGUGAUGACGAGACUAUUGGUAAAAAGAAGAAGAAAGAGGCUAAAAUUAAAGAAGAUUGUCAUCCCUAUCUCUUAUUCUGUAAAGAGCAUCGCGAAGAAUUAAGUUCAAAAUACAAUGGAAAAGAAGUGUUAACUAUUCUUAGUGAGAUGUGGAAGAAACUCGACCCAUUGGAGAAAAAUAGAUAUGUCGAGUCCGCAAAGAAGAACAAAUUAUCACACGCUCCACAUCCUCAAUCAACUCCUAUCCAGCAAAAUAUUUACCCAAGAGAUUAUCCCAUGAAAGACAAUGGAAUACUUCCUUACUAA